AUGAGUUCUCCUCCAGGAGUGCAGUUGGCUCCCCAAGCAAGAAAUGUAAUUGUGUUCAGAAAUGGGGACCCAUUCCACUCGGGGCGCAAGAUGGUGGUGAAUGACAAACAGUUUCAGACAUUUGAAGCUUUCCUAAAUGAAGUCACCAACUCCGUCCAGGCUCCUGUUGCUGUGCGUAGCAUCUAUACUCCAUGCAAUGGUCACCGAGUCACCAGCCUUGGGGAUCUACUUAAUAAGAGACAAUAUGUUGCAGCAGGGUCUGAGAAGUUCAGGAAGCUUGACUAUCUACGCACUGGCAUGAAACCUGCUUCAAAAAUUGGGGAUAACCAGUCUACCGAACAGCCAGCCUUACGCAAAACUGGCUUCUCCAAUCGCUGGAAGACUGACACCCAUCUACCAUGUAUAAUUCAUGUAUUCCGUAAUGGUGACCUAAUGACUCCUCCAUUUCGAGUUCUUCUGCCCCCAAGUAUUCUGAGGGAGUGGGAACUUGUCCUGAGUUUGUUAACCCAGAAGGCCAGUUUGUACAGUGGAGCUGUCAGGAAGCUCUGUACUCUAGAUGGCUAGGGGCUCUCCUGCGGGCAGAAACUGGUGUCUGGAGAAUAUAUGUUGCUGUUUGGAUCAGAGAAAUAUAAAUGCCUCCCAUAUGAGGAACUACUGACACCUCACAGAGUAGGCUGGGAAGAACUCAAAGCAUAUUCCAUGACGGAGUUAGUGACUCCUGCUCUUAUUGACUCUCCUCCACGUGUAAGUUAA